GGCUCAGUCACAGGGGCAGGAGAGGUGAGGAGUCACGUGACUGCCGCGGGUCAUGUGAUGCUGUAGAGAUCCUGACAGGAAAAGGGUAGUGGAGAAAACAACGGCAGGCGGUGUGAGGAGGCUGGAGAGAGCGGCCUUCAGCAUGUGGGCGCAGCACUACUCCUGGAGCCUGGACGCUCCUUCUCCACCAAAGAACUUUUCCGACUGCCUCAAUGGUACGGCCUGGGUGUGGAACAUGUUCAAUGAGUGCGCGGCGGACGGCCGGGAUCUCGCCAGCGUCUGCCUGGGCCUCGUCUCCAUCUUGUGUUUCGUAGCUUCCACCUUCCCACAAGUGUACAAAUCCUGUAAGACGGGGAACAUGGACCGGGCGCUGUCCGUCUGGUUCCUCUUGGGGUGGCUGGCCGGGGACUCCUGUAACUUUGUGGGGGCGUUCCUGUCCCAUCAGCUGCCCAUACAGACGUACACGGCGGUUUAUUACGUAUUGGUUGACCUCUUCAUGUGUUCUCUGUAUGUGUACUACAAGUACCGGAACCAGGACCUGAGCACGGCUGUCAGGAUAAACGCAGUCUGUGGAUUCGCUCUGUUCGGUUCUGCUGCUUUGCUGCCUUUGAUGGGUGGUCCGGCUGCGGCAGACGACGCCACCAUAGUGGGCACCAGACGUCUGCUCGCCACAGAUGACUCGGACAGCGAGCCUUUCAGCACCCAGGAGAUCGUCGGAUGUGUGAUCGGGUCCAUCUCAUCCCUGUUCUACCUCUGCUCUCGGGUCCCUCAGAUCAUCACUAAUUUCCGGAGAAGAUCUACUGAAGGACUGGCGGUGGUCCUCUUCGUCAUGGUCAUACUGGGCAACCUGACCUACGGCCUCAGCAUCCUCCUGAAGAACCCAGACCAGGGCCAGUCUGAAGUCAACUACAUUGAGCAUCACCUUCCGUGGCUGAUCGGGAGCCUGGGCGUCAUGAGCCUGGACAUGAUUAUAAUUUUCCAGUCCUUCGUGUUCAGGGGGAAAGGUGCUAGAGACUCCAUGGUGGGAGAAAGAGAACCGCUGCUGCGUUCAGACAAGAGGAACGCCACCCCUUGACAGGAUCGGGCAUUCUCCAUGUUUCCAGCCCCCCAUCUUCCUCACAGUUCAUGCAGCUGAUCUUUCAGAAAACAUUUGAGGGGGUCACUUACUAACGCUGCGCAAGAGGGAAUCAAAGACCGGUGUAAAUGACCCCCAUUACCUCUUUUUAUUUAACCAUUUCACUGUUGGAUGAGCCUCCAGUGUGACAUUGUAGUUAAUUAUUGAUUUAUUUUUAUUUUAUAAUGGACAUUUAAUAACAAAUUUAGUUAUAACUACUUUUUGUAUUAUGUUGGGAUAUUGACCUUUGAGGUCACACAAGGGAAUAUUGCGUUUCAGGCUACUUUCACACUCGCGUUUGGUGCGGAUCCGUUCAGAUAAUACAACCGUCUGCAUCCGUUCAGAACGGAUCCGUUUGUAUUAUCUUUAACAUGGCCAAGUCAGAUCCA